CCUGUGUCCUGCCCCAAAUGCCUGUGACCUCCAAGUGCAGCCCUUGUGUGGCUUUCACCGUAAUUUGUGGACAUGUGCUCUGCCCUGUCAUUCCCAUAAGCUAUGUGUCUUUGGCUGCCCUGGCACCCCACAUGCUUUGCUUUGCCUGCAUAUGACAUGUGUGUUUGAGGUUGUUUUGCUUUGACACAAGUGCUCACAUGUGUUCCCCGCUGACCCGUGUGUAACCCAUGUUUUCUGUGUCUUACCCUUCUGUGCCGGGUGGAGAGAGGCCUGGGCCAUUUCCUUGGCCAGCCCCCUUUGUGGGAAAUCUCCAGGGUCCAGGACUGGGUGGCUGCCACCCCCAGGGAGUGUAGUCAGCAUCCCGGCCUGACCACCCACUGGCCUAGCCACCCACUGGCCUGUCCUUGGGCUGAGACUGCCUGUGAGCGGCCAGGUGUCUGCCUCUGGGCAUCCUCUGCGCUGGCUUCAUCCAGUGCGCCCUCACAGGAGAUCUGUCCAGACCAGAACUCAUACCCAGCCUCAGAGCAGCCUUCUAGCCCAGGCUUUUCCUCAGACUGAGGCCUGGGCUAGGAGGCAGCUGAAGGCCAUUAGGAAACACAGCUUAGCUCAGUAAGCUGCCCCCAGGCAGCAGGGGCAGGAGGGACUGGGGUUGGCUGCUCAGACCUUGGGGAGCCAGCCUGGGGAGGCUGGGGGAGGGUGAGCCUCCCUGGGUUGCUGGGCUCCUGAGGUCAAGGCAAUGGGGUUUCGAUCUUCACCUGGAGAAUGUGGUGCACGUGUGUGUCCCCUGGGUGUCUGAGUCUGCGAUCUGUGUGUCUGCCUGCUCUCUCAUGCCUGCUACCUGUGUGCCUCACAUGCACCUAAGUGUGUCUGCAUGUGUGUGGCCCAUGAUUUUGUGCAUCCCUUCAAGUGUCUGCAUUCCUGAGCAUGUACUUUGACUGUGUGUUUAUCCUUGUGCCUGUUUGGGCAUCUUUGUGUGUGUCUGCAGUUAUGUGAGUCUUUGUGUCCUGAGUGCCUUCUGUGGAUGUGCCUCGUGUCUCCCCACGUGUCCCUGAGUCGACUGCAGUGAAGAUGCAGAGAUAAGUCCUGGGGGACAGCUUGGGAUGCUGAGUCCUAGGGUAUCUGCCUGCUCUGUCCUCUCUUGAUUUGCCAGGUAUCCUAGCGACGCUGCUGCCAGUUGCCUAGCAACAAUGUCUCCAUCCUUGGAGACAGAUGCACAGAGCAGGGUCUGGGCUGUGUGGGCAGAGCCCACGUGCAGGAAGAACGACCCCUUGACUGGGUGGGGCUGGCGAUUCAGCUCAGGGGUCACCCACUUGGCAUGUGACCCCAGUGCUGGGAAGGAGGCAGCUCUCUGUUCAGCUGCAUGGAUGCUGGGGGCCCAGGCUGUAAGGGAAUGAGGCUCAGAUGUUGUUCUGGGGCAGAGAUGUCCCUGGUGUGUCUCAAAGCGACAGAGAGACCUGGGUUUGAACCCAGUCUCUGCCACUUUGACAUGUGGCUUCACAGCUGUGAGGCUUAAUGAUCUUGUUGGCGCUGAGGUGAUGCUGAUGGCAACGGUGAAGUGUAGUGGGGCUGGAUGGGCUUAUGCUCAGGAUGGGCUUGGCACACAGUAGGCACGUGGGGCACACAGUGGGCACACGGAGUGCACAGGAGAGCCCAAGCAUCCUGCUUGUUUACUGCGAGGCUCUGAUCUGCUUAGGGCGGGCUGGGCAGGGGCCCUGCUGUGUGUCCACCCACCCGCUGGCCUGCUGUGGCUCAGCUUCCCUGGGGCCCAGCCGAGGGGCACUGCUCCGGGCACGGAAUGCCAGCUCAGGCAGGUCUGAGUCCGUCCAAGGCUGCGUGUCUGUGUGUGAGAUGUGGCUCCGGUCUGUCUCAGCCUGUCCUGUGUGUAUCUCUCUGAGUCCCUGUCCCAUGUCUUUGUGUGUUUCUGUGUGUCCCUGUGUGAGUGUCUGUGUCCACAUGUCUGAGUCCCUGUGAGCAUCUGUGUCCCUGUGUCCGGGCUCUGUGGGUCCAAGCCUGUCUCUGUUCUUCUCUAAGUGUGUGCCCUGGUCCUCGUGUGUGUCCGCAUGCCGCCUGAGGACUGGCGCCCCGUCCCUGCUGCCCCCUCCUCCAGCCUGCUUGGCCCCUCCCCCUCUGGAGCUGCAGCCUCCUCCCCCUCCCCCGUGCACCAGGCUGCGGCGUCUGGCCUGGUGUCUACUGAGGAGGAGCAGCUGCCGCUGCAGCCGCAGUCCCCAGUCCUGUCAGACCCGGUGCUGAGUCGGGGAGGGGCUCCCCGGCCUGCUGGCCAGCCAGCCGUGGGUUCGGGUUCCCCGGUCUCCGCUCCCACAGAGGUGACUGAGGUACAGGUGGCUCUGCACGUCAAGCGGUGGCAUGGAGUCCCUCUUCCCUGCCCCGUUCUGGGAGGUCCUCUACAGCAGCCACCUGCAGGGAAACCUGUCCCUCCUGAGCCCCAACCACAGCCUACUGCCCCCACAUCUGCUGCUCAAUACCAGCCACGGCGCCUUCCUGCCCCUCGGACUCAAGGUCACCAUUGUGGGGCUCUACCUGGCUGUGUGCAUCGGGGGGCUGCUGGGGAACUGUCUCGUCAUGUACGUCAUCCUCAGACACACCAAGAUGAAGACAGCUACCAACAUUUACAUUUUUAAUCUGGCCCUGGCGGACACUUUGGUGCUGCUGACCCUGCCCUUCCAGGGCACAGAUGUCCUCCUGGGCUUCUGGCCAUUUGGGAACGCCCUGUGCAAGACAGUCAUCGCCAUCGACUACUACAACAUGUUCACCAGCACCUUCACGCUGACCGCCAUGAGCGUGGACCGCUAUGUAGCCAUCUGCCACCCCAUCCGCGCCCUUGAUGUCCGGACGUCCAGCAAGGCACAGGCAGUCAAUGUGGCCAUCUGGGCCCUGGCCUCUGUUGUUGGCGUUCCUGUGGCCAUCAUGGGCUCAGCUCAGGUUGAGGAUGAAGAGAUUGAGUGUCUGGUGGAGAUGCCCACCCCGCAGGACUACUGGGGCCCCGUGUUCGCUGUCUGCAUCUUCCUCUUCUCCUUCAUCAUCCCCGUGCUCAUCAUCUCUGUCUGCUACAGCCUCAUGAUCCGGCGGCUCCGCGGCGUCCGCCUGCUCUCAGGCUCCCGGGAGAAGGACCGGAACCUGCGGCGCAUCACGCGACUGGUGCUGGUGGUGGUGGCUGUGUUCGUGGGCUGCUGGACUCCUGUCCAGGUCUUCGUAUUGGUCCAGGGGCUGGGCGUUCAGCCAGGCAGUGAGACUGCAGUGGCCAUCCUGCGUUUCUGCACGGCCCUGGGCUAUGUCAACAGCUGCCUCAAUCCCAUCCUCUAUGCCUUCCUGGAUGAAAACUUCAAGGCCUGCUUCCGCAAGUUCUGCUGUGCCCCUGCCCUGCGCCGGGAGACGCAGGUGUCAGAUCGUGUGCGCAGCAUUGCCAAGGACGUGGCCCUCGCCUGCAAGACCUCGGAGACAGUGCCGCGGCCUGCAUGACUAGGCGUGGACCUGCCCAUGGUGCCUGUCAGCCCACAGAGCCCGUCAACACCCAACACGGAGCUCACCCAGGUCACUGCUCUCUAGGCUGACACAUGACCUGAGCAUCACCAGCCUCCGUGGGCUUCCCUGUGGCCUCAGAGGGUCUGCUGACACCAUGGGACAGGUUAGAACAUUGUGCCCCUGCGGCCCAGGUCAUACUGAAGCUGCCCUCCCAGUGCAGGGUGGGGAGGGGGUGCAAGGACUCACCUGUGAGCACAUGGGGCCAGAGCCAUGCUGACACUCUGAAGCUUUGUGGACUCUUCUGGCCUCUCCCUUGCUGCCCUUGGCUCUGGUGGGCACACACCUGGCAUUGUGACAGCAGCUGUGCAGUCCCAUGUGCUGCAUGCCGUCAUUAUGGAGCCCUGUGGCAUCUCCUCGAGGCAGCUGGAUGAGCUUGGCACUGCCUGGAGAGCCCAGCAGACAUCUCUGGGCUGUGAGACUCACCCUGAGAGUGGCACUCCCUUCAGAGGAUUGUCAGUGAGCCUGUUUCCUCCAGGAGGACAACAACCCAUUGCACUGCAGAUGUGGCCAUUCAGGUGUGUGAGGUGGCCAGGAGGACCUGGGGGGCUGCAUGACCACUGCAGCCCACUUCAUCAUGUGUGAAGCAGCCCCAUGUGUGUGAUGUGGGGAGGGCUUUGUCGUGCCCCGUCUAGGGGUGCCUGUGUCCCCCUCGGGCUCCUCCUCCCAGUCCUCCUUCUAGACUUCCAUCAGAGGUUCUGUAGCUGGCAGGACUCUGUGCCCUGUUUGGGUCCCAGUGGCCUUGGAAGGUGGCAGUUGGGACAGGUGCUGCUUUGCAUCCCCAAUUACUUUUACAAGCCUCCAGGUGUCUGUGGGGGUGGCCUGAGCUUUCUGCUGCCAGGACUUGUCUAAAACUCCAAACCACAGGAUGGUUUCAUGGGGAGAGCAGGUAUGAGAGGUGGGGUCUGGCAGGUUCUGCUUGAGCAAGGCUACAGGGACCAUCUGGGAUGGGGGACCCUAGGCUGGGGGUGUUGUUCUGUUGUGGCCACCCAGAGAGGCCCCCUCCCAGUCUGCAGACAGAAGCUGAAGGUUGGUGACUUGGCAAACAUGCUUUCUGCAGACGAACUAUUAAAGCACCUGCAACACUGGAGACAUCAUUCUGCCUCCACUUGUAAGCUGAGCCGCAGACCCCGGCCAGGUGACCUCAGCACCUUUAGAGAACAGGAGGCACUGACUCUGGACUGGCCUCUCCUGCUCUGGGGAGCCCUGGCCCUGUGGGAUUGGUCCGGGGGAGGACGGGGCUCUCUCUGUGCUGCCUGCAGCCAGAGGCUCUGAGGACCAGAGCUGCCAUGGCUGUGGCAUUUUCGUGCCAAAGUUGAAAGAUUUGUGACUCUGUGCCAGUGAAGCACGUGUCUUCUUGUAUCUGUGCAUGUGAAGCGUGUCAUUUCCCCUGCAUGUAACCAACCCUGAAUCUGUCUCCAGGGGUCCUGAUGCAGGGCCCAUAAUAAACCCCUGCACACCGGCCAGGGCACUCCGCCCAUAAUGGGUGUUUCCUUGGGGGGAUGUUGGGGUAACCUCUCUGGGAUGAGCA